GAACGUGCCCGGUGCCCGGUGACAGCGGGGACGGCCGGAGGAGGGACAGGAAAGCGCGACCGCAGCGUGUGCCGCGGGGGGAAGCGCCGGGUCCGGCUCUCCCGGCCCCGCACGGCCGCCGGUGUCCGGGCGGGGCUCGGGGGCCGGGGCCGGGCCGGGGGCCCGUGCGGCGCGGGGGGGGCCCCGGGCAGGUGGCUCUGCCCCGGGAAGGGGAGGAGGCAGCGCGGCGCUCCCCGCCCGGGCCGCGGCCGCCGCGAUGCCCCAGUGCCGGCUCCGCGGGGCAGCAGUGCAGGCAAAGGAGGCCCCGCCUGGAGGAGGACAUGGAGGAGCACAACCGGACAGAGUCCUGGCACCGAAGCCUCCAGGCGGUGCUGGAUGCCUUAAACCAGACCCUACACGGGAUCCCCCUGUGCUCCUCUGACCGCGCUGCCACCGCCACCGCCGCUGUCACACGCAACAGCAGUGCCAGCGCCCGGCCCGGCCGCAAUGACAACGCCUACAUGUACAUCCUCUUCGUCAUGACCCUCUUCGCUGCCACCGUGGGAAGCCUCAUCCUGGGCUACACCCGCUCCCGCAAAGUGGAGAAGCGCAGCGACCCGUACCACGUCUACAUCAAGAACAGGGUCUCCAUGAUCUGAGCCCGCCCGUGAUGCCUUCUCCCCGCUGCAGCUGAUGGAUUUGGGGUCAUGUCGCUGCGACACAUCCUGCUCCUUGUGGGAGCUGUUGGGAAACCCAUCCGGUGUCCCCAUGGAGGUGCUCAGCCCUGGUGUGAGCAGCGUGGGGACAUCUUGGUUGGGUUGUAAUUCCUCUCUGGCAGGGUGAGACCUAUGGGGAGGUCCUGGUCCUGCAGACCCACCUUGGCUGGGCCCCAGGGGGAUGGCAGGGGCAGGAGCAGAAGCAGCUCCUUGCCCGCCGUGGCCUCCCAAGGAGAUAGAUUCACCGUCCUCCUGCUCACAUCAGCUGGUGUUGGUCUCUGUGGGCUCCCAGCAGCUUCCUGACACGGGCCAGUGGGUUUUUCUGGUGCUAAAACCCUGUGAUCUUUGAGCCCCACUUUUCUGGUGGGGAAUUAAAGGAGGUGGCUGUUUC